AGGAGGGAAAGAAGGGAAGGAGGAGGAGGCUGAGCCUUCCUCUCCACCCCUUAGACUCUCGCCUGCAGCCGCCGUGGUCAGCAUCGGGCCUGGGCCGGAGGAGGGGCUUUGGGCAGGGGGGCACCGGGACCGGGACCAUGCCCGGGCCCGUGCCCAGGGCCCGGCGGGCGCGCCUGGCAUCGGACUGAGCCGGAGCACGAGGAGGAGCUGAUUAGAAGGACCGGCUCUUGCGGUCCAGGGGCGAGGACCAAGGUCCACGAUGCCGUGGCCCAUCUGGCUCGCCCUGCUGCCUCUGCUGCUCUUGCUGCUGUCGCCGCCCGGGGCGGGGGCCGGGACCGGGGCGGGAGCCGGGGCCGGGCGGUCCUGCUUCCCCAGGUGCCGGUGCCAAGUGGAGACUUUCGGCCUCUUCGACAGCUUCAGCCUGACCCAGGUGGACUGCAGUGGCGUGGGCGCCCACAUCGUCCCCGUGCCCAUCCCACUGGACACCACCUACCUGGACCUGUCCUCCAACCAGCUGCGGGUCAUCAACCAGUCGGUGCUGGCCGGGCCCGGUUACACCACGCUGGUCAGCCUGGACCUGAGCCACAAUCGACUCACCCACCUGGCCCCGGCCACCUUUGCCCGCCUGCGCUACCUGGAGGCCCUGGACCUGAGCCAUAAUGCCCUGGAGGCCCUCCCGGACGAGGCCUUCGCCCGCUCGCCCCUGGGAGACCUGGACCUGAGCCACAACGCCCUGACCGAGGUGUCCGUGGGUGCCUUCUCCUCUCCCCGGGGCCAGGGUCGGCCGCUGCACGUCGACCUGUCCCAUAACCGCAUCUCUCACGUCUCCUGGCCUGCAGACCGGCCCGUCCCCAACCUCCGGGGCCUGAACCUCUCCGGAAACCUCCUGCAGGUUGUCCCGGACCUGCGGGGCCUCCCGCUGCGCUUCCUGAGCCUGGAUGGGAACCCGGUGGCCUCGGUCCCGGGUGGCGCCUUUGCAGGGCUGACGGACCUGGUCCACCUGUCUCUCGGCCGCCUGCGGGCCUCCCCGGGGCUGACUGCCCACGGCUUCGGGCCCCUGCCCAGCCUACAGGUCCUCGACCUAUCCGGCAACCCUGGGCUCCGGGCACUCAGCGCCGAGGCCUUCCGAGGCCUGGACUCCCUGCAGGAGCUGGACCUGUCCGGGACGGGUGUGGCCACGCUGCCCGACGCCUUGUUGGACCGCCUACCGGCCAUCCGGAGCAUCAUGCUGGCCGCGGGGGUCCGCUGCCUCAAGGUGGUCCGCGAGAGCCAGUACCACCGGCAGCAGGAGGCAGCGGGGCUGAUCAGGAAGGAGGUCUUGUCCUGCCAGGAGAGGGCUGGGGACGCUGCCAAAGCCCCCGUGCCCUAUGCCUUGUGACCGUCCCUAGGGUGGUGAGGACACCAGACACCUGCCCCACUGACCAGUUGCCCCCAAAUAAUGUUUCUCCCUGGCCAACCUGGAGGGGGGGACACUGGGGGUC